GAGAUACCCAAACCUUGGCCACUGUCCAUUCUUUUUUUUGUUAUUCCCCUUUUUUGCGUCCCUUCCCUCGUACCCUGCGCCCGACAACCGCCUCGAAAUGGCGUCAGAAAAAGCCCCGCUGCCGUUUGGCUACACCUUCAUGGCCGGCGCCAUCGCUGGCAUUUCUGAAAUCCUGGUCAUGUACCCGCUAGACGUCGUCAAGACACGAGUACAGCUGCAGACCGGCAAGGGCGCCGGUGCUGAUGCCUACAGCGGCAUGCUCGACUGCUUCCAGAAGAUCAUCCGCAACGAGGGUUUCUCGAGACUCUACCGCGGCAUCACCGCCCCGAUCCUCAUGGAGGCGCCCAAGCGCGCGACCAAGUUCGCCGCCAACGACAAGUGGGGCAGGUUCUACCGCGACCUGUUCGGCCAGCAGACCAUGACCCAGUCACUCUCGGUGCUGACGGGCGCUUCCGCCGGUGCGACCGAGUCGUUCGUCGUCGUGCCCUUCGAGCUCGUCAAGAUCCGCCUCCAGGACAAGGCGUCGGCCGGCAAGUACAACGGCAUGCUGGACGUGGUGAUCAAGACGGUGCGCAACGAGGGCAUCCUGGCCAUGUACAACGGCCUCGAGUCGACGCUAUGGCGCCACAUCCUCUGGAACGCCGGCUACUUCGGCUGCAUCUUCCAGGUCCGCCAGCUGCUCCCCAAGGCCGAGACCAAGAGCGGCCAGACGGGGAACGACAUCAUUGCCGGCACCAUCGGCGGCACUGUCGGCACCAUCCUCAACACCCCCAUGGACGUCGUCAAGUCCAGGAUCCAGAACACCGUCAAGGUCGCCGGCCAAACACCCAAGUACAACUGGGCCUGGCCCUCCGUGGCCACCGUCGCCAAAGAGGAAGGCUUCGGCGCGCUCUACAAGGGAUUCAUCCCCAAGGUCCUCCGGCUCGGACCGGGCGGCGGUAUCCUGCUCGUCGUCUACACUGGUGUGAUGGACUUCUUCCGCAAGAUGCGGGACGGCAAGGCCUGAAUGAAAAGAUCCCUGGGUGCGCGACUGUACUUGAAUAUUGAAGACGGUGUUGUCGGCUGUACAUAGAGCGAUGGAAGACCGCCUUGUUGGCCGCUUCAUUGGUUAGACUAGACCCCUCAGGGCAUCCAUCAUGCGGGAGGUAUAUAGCCAAUACACUAGCAUCAAUCAAAA